AUGGGUCCAACCAUCCACAAGAACCUGACGUGCCCUGAGCUGGUGCAGUGGGCACUGAAGCUUGAGAAGGACUCGCGGCUGACAGCCCGUGGUGCUCUUGCCGUGCUGUCGUAUGCAAAGACAGGUCGCUCCCCACUUGACAAGCGUAUUGUGGACACGGAGGAUGUUCAUAAUAACGUUGACUGGGGUAAGGUGAACAUCAAGCUAUCAGAGGACUCCUUCAAAAAGGUGAGGAAGCUCGCGAAGGACUUCCUCGACACGCGUCAGCACCUGUUCGUGAUGGACUGCUUUGCGGGACACGAUGAGCGAUACCGGCUGAAGGUGCGCGUGAUCACGACGCGUCCGUACCAUGCUCUUUUCAUGCGGGAUAUGUUGAUUGUGCCCACCCAGGAGGAGCUGGCGUCGUUUGGUGAGCCAGACUACACGAUCUACAAUGCUGGCGAGUCGAAGGCUGACCCAUCGAUUCCCGGCGUGACGUCGACGACGUGUGUUGCGCUGAACUUCAAGACACGCGAACAGGUGAUCCUUGGCACGGAGUACGCUGGCGAGAUGAAGAAGGGCAUCCUCACUGUGAUGUUCGAGCUGAUGCCGCGCAUGGGCCACCUGUGCAUGCACGCAAGCGCAAACGUUGGCAAGAGGGGCGACGUGACGGUGUUCUUCGGUCUGAGCGGAACCGGCAAGACAACCCUCUCGGCAGACCCGCACCGCAACCUGAUUGGCGAUGACGAGCACGUGUGGACGGACCGCGGUGUGUUCAACAUCGAGGGUGGCUGCUACGCCAAGGCAAUUGGUCUGAACCCCAAGACGGAGAAGGAAAUCUACGACGCAGUGCGCUUCGGUGCUGUGGCGGAGAACUGUGUGCUGACGAAGGCGACAGGGGAGAUCGACUUCUACGACGAGUCGAUCUGCAAGAACACACGCGUGGCAUACCCACUGAACCACAUUGAGGGUGCGCUGACGAAGGCCGUCGCUGGCCACCCGAAGAACAUCAUCUUCCUGACAAACGACGCGUUCGGCGUGAUGCCACCCGUGGCCCGCCUGACAAGCGCACAGGCUAUGUUCUGGUUCGUGAUGGGCUACACCGCGAACGUGCCCGGUGUGGAGGCCGGCGGAUCGCGCGUGGCCCGUCCCAUCUUUUCAUCGUGCUUCGGUGGUCCGUUCCUCGUGCGCCAUGCAACCUUCUAUGGUGAGCAGCUGGCUGCGAAGAUGCAGCAGUACAACAGCCGUGUGUGGCUUCUGAACACUGGCUACGCUGGUGGACGCGCGGACCGCGGUGCAAAGCGCAUGCCACUGCGUGUGACGCGUGCUAUCAUCGACGCAAUCCACAACGGCACCCUCGAUGAAGCAGACUACGAAGUGUACCCUGGUUGGGGCCUGCACAUCCCGAAGCACGUUGCCAACGUUCCAGCACAUCUGCUGAACCCACGCAAGGCAUGGACGAACGUGAAGCAGUUCAACGAUACGUCGAAGGAGUUGGUGAAUAUGUUCCGUGCAAGCUUUAACGAGCGCUUUGCGGCGAAGGCGUCGGAGGAGAUGAAGAGCGCCGUCCCCCGCUAUGUGGAGGCAUCCAGUCUGUAG